CAAGAUUUACAUGAAAUGCAUUUAAUUUUAAGUAGUGGUUGAAAUAUAUACUUAUUUAAUAUCAAAAUAGAUGUUGAACGUUUGUUUCCCCUAUUAAAGUUUCAACUACAAGGAUUUAGUUAUAUUCAAAAUUUAGUUAGUUUAUUUGUGAUACCAACAAUGAAGGAUCAUCCUGCCGAGACAAGGACAGAACUGAAUCUUAAGAAUUCCAGGACUAGAUACAAUUGUUUUUUGUCUUAAGGAAGCCUUUAAAAAUCUGUGCAGUGAACCAGAUCUCAAUUAGUUUUUCUCACAAUGGGUUCAGUUCAAAGAGCCUUUGCUCAGAAGCUAUCAAGCCAACAUGCAGCAGAGGUUAGGAGACAAAUUUCAGCACCUUUUGGUAGAGACCUUAACAAGCCAGAAAACCGUAUGAUGAGUACCUCCUCACCCUCAGAUGUUGUAGACCCUUUAGAUUAUGAAGAAUUCAUGCAACAACACCAACUUCUCAUUGACAGAGACCCGUUGCGUAACAUUCUUGAUUUUCCUCCCAAUGACAUUGAAGUGUGCAUUAUUCCACGCAAAAUACGGUUACAAGCUCCCCCUGUGCCUAAAGAACCAUUGAAUGAGCUGAGUCCUCAUGUCAGAGACUGUGUAGAGUGUUACACCAGGGACUAUGUGGUGGUUGACUAUCACUAUCGUCACCACAGCAGCAGUAGCUGGCUGCGGGACCGUAACCAAGAGAGAGAAGCAUUACUGCAGCUGGUACCUCAUCAGGAGUUUGAGAUUGACUUGGAACAUUCUUCUUGUAAUGGCUCUUCAGAUGAGACCUCUUAUAAGAUCAAGCUGGGCACAGAACGAGUGGUCACUUCAGACAUGCCCCGAGGUAGCUGGGCGAGUUUUGACCUGCUCAACUCUGUGAGUGACCCUCUCAUCACCCCUCUACUGGAGCGGAUGCCAGCUGACUCUAUUGACCAGAUUAACCAAGUCAAGCGGCUGGAGAACCGACAGGACUCUUUGUUCCUGUUGUAUCCUGUUCAGCAAGUUGAAGAAUUGGUAGAGAGAAGACUGAUGCCUGAGCUGCCUUCAGAACACCAACCCCACCGAAUUCUAGUCAAGUGCCUACAUUUAAAGUUGGAACUGGAAGUAGAACCAAUUUUCGCCUCAAUAGCUUUGUACGAUGCCAAAGAGAAGAAGAAGUUGUCAGAGAAUUUCUAUUUUGAUAUGAACCCAGAGAGCCUACGUAAGAUGAUUGAGCCCCAUGUAGGUCAAAGUGACCCGAGCACGUUGAGUCGUGCUUGUGUAUUCAACAUUACUUACCCUUCCCCCGACCUGUUCCUGGUCAUCAAACUGGAGAAGGUUCUUCAGGGAGAUAUAACUGAAUGUGCUGAGCCGUAUAUGAAGGAUGAAAAGAACUUAGACAAAGUGAGAGCCAACGCAGCACAGUCAUGUGAGAGGCUGGGCAAGUACAGGAUGCCUUUUGCAUGGACGGCCAUCUACCUGAUGAAUGUCGUAUCAGGAGGCAACAGCCUGGAGAGAGAUACUGGAAGUGACAAGGAGAGCACUGGAUCCAAUAGUCUUGACCGCAAGUCAAGUAUGAGUAACUUUGAGCAGUUGCGUAAGAGAGCCAGUGAUAUGGGUUCUUUGACUAGACGAGGGUCUCUAGAAAGACGCACUAGCUCGGACAAACGUUACUCCUGGUCUCCUGAAGAUUUGACAUCUAGUCUGGAUAACUUUCGACCUGUUACGCUCACGGUCACCAGCUUUUUCAAACAGGAAAGUGAUAAAUUGAGGGAUGAGGAUCUCUACAAGUUUUUGCAAGAUCUGAAACGUCCUUGUUCAGUCAUUAAAAAACUCAAGUCCAUCCCUGGUCUCCUUAAACUUGAUAUCUCCCCUUGCCCUGAGGAUAUCAAAGGGUGCCUUACCCCUGAGUUGGAGCCUAUCGUACCAAUAUCUGAAGAAAACAGCCGUCCAAUAAAAGAAAUAUUAGAAUUCCCAGCUAAGGAUAUACCUCUACCUCACUUCUUAUACAGGAAUCUUCUAUACAUUUACCCUAAAGAGCUCAACUUUACUGGUCGAACAGGUUCUGCAAGGAACAUAGCCGUCAAAGUUCAGCUGAUGUGUGGUGAAGAAGAACAACAUGCACUACCUGUUAUAUUUGGCAAAUCAUCAUGUCCAGAAUUCUGCGCUGAAGCAUACUCAACUGUCAGCUAUCACAACAGGUGUCCGAAUUUCUAUGAUGAAGUAAAAAUGGUUUUGCCAGCAAACUUGAGCGACCAACAUCACCUUCUUUUUACCUUCUACCAUAUCAGCUGUCAGAGAAAGUUAGAGCAGAAUACUGUAGAGACUCCGGUUGGAUACACGUGGAUGCCCCUGUUUCAAGAACACAGACUGCAGGCUGGGGAGUUCACAUUGCCUGUGACUAUGGAACAUCCUCCACCCAACUAUUCCUACAUCACACCGGACGUGCUGCUACCAGGCAUCAAAUGGGUGGACAAUCACAAGGGCAUCUUCAAUGUUCAUCUGGAAGCCGUCACUUCUGUACACACUCAGGAUGUUUACUUAGAUCACUUCCUUAACUUGUGUGCAUCAUUGGAGCAAGGAAGAAUACCUCAAAGAAUGCAAGAGUCAAGCGUUGAAGGAGAACUUAAAAACAGCAUUCUGAACCUGACCCAUGCCAAGACAGAGUCUCUGACCAAGUUCCUGCCUCUUAUCCUCGACAAGUUGAUAGCACUCAUGGUUAAGCCCAUCUCUCUAGACAACAUGACUCUCAACAUCAGCCAGACUGUAUUUGAAGCUAUGACCAACAUUGUGAAAAACAUCACUGCUCUACAAGAAGUCAAUCAAGAUGUGAUGGGUCGUCAUCUUCUACUGACCUCUUACAUCGCUUACCAGUGUGCCUUGCCUCAUCCAGAAAUUAAGGUCCAGCCUACACACUCGCCUUACGUCAGGAGUAACAGCAACCCUAGUUCCCUACAUAACCUUGCAGCUGAAGACUCAGAAGUAAAUACGUAUUCAAGAGGAUUGGAUCGUACUUGCAGCAUGAAAACUGGGGUUUGCCAAGAGAAUGUCAUGUACAAAAUGAACUGUUGUAAGCUCGUACACGAGGAGGUAGCCUUACAAUGGGUUGUGGCCAGUGGGAUUGCCCGAGAACUCUCAAUGGCGAACUCAUGGUUUUUCUUUGACCUCAUGAUAAAAAGUAUGGUGGAGCACUUGCUUGCUACUCAAAGCCUUGAUAUACCUCGAAAGUUACGGUUCUCGGAACAGUUUACGGAUGAUCUCUCAACAUUGGUCACAACAUUCAUUUCAGAAAUCAUUGCAUCCUACAACAAGGAUCCGAAGCUGAUCCACAGUAUGAACUCUAGCCUAGCAUUCUUCCUCUACGACCUCUUGUCUAUUUUGGACCGUGGGUUUGUCUUCAUCCUAAUCAAGGGGUAUUGCAAGCAAAUUUCUGCAAAAAUAUCUUCUCUUCCAGAUGGAGCAUCUCUCUACAGUCUUAAGCUGGAUUUUGUUAGAAUCUUGUGCUCUCAUGAGCACUUUGUGGCUCUGAACUUGCCAUUUGGAACUCCGUUCAUGUGGAGCUCGGCCCCUGCUUCUCCCACUCCUUCUCAAGCUUCGUCCACAUCUGUUAACCGAGACAAGGCUUGUUUUGCAGAGCUGUCGUAUGAGUACAAGCAGCAACACUUCCUCAUGGGCCUCGUUCUCACUGAUCUUGCCAUCGUUCUAGACAUGCAGAAUCCGAGCCUGCACAUGAAAGCAGUGAACACAGUGAGAAACCUGAUGACUUGUCAUGACUCAGAUUCAAGGUUUGCUGAGCCGGAGUGCAAGGCUCGAGUAGCAACUCUGUACUUGCCUCUGCUGGUUAUAGUGAUGGACAUGCUGCCUCAGCUACACAACUGCAAUGCAGACACCAGGGGAAGACUACAAAUGCAUGAAGAUCUGCUAGAGCCAGCUGCUGGCAUCAAUCAGUCUGUGGCAAUGGCUAUCGCAGGCACCUCUAUGUUUGGGAUCAAAGUAACCCCUCCGGAUAGAGUCAAACUGUUUCAUCAGAAUCGUAGGACAGGGUUGAGCAAUGAAACGACACGUAACCUUCUCAUCUGCUUCCUCUGGAUUGUCAAGAACAUGGACAGAGAAGUGUUGCGGCAAUGGUGGCUAGAUCUGCCUGUGGCUAGGCUACGUCAGUUACUGGAGGUGCUAAACAUCUGUAUCUCCUGCUUCGAGUACAAGGGCAAGAAGGUGAUCAAACAUUCCGUGCAACAAUUCCACAACAAGACCUUGGACAUAAAAUCUCGUCUGGAGGAUGUUAUCUUGGGUCAGGGCUCGGCCAGGAAUGAGAUGAUUCUGAGGCGCAAAGAGAGAGUAGCGCCGUCGCCAGGUGACAGAUUCAGAUGGCGCAAGGAACAGAUGGCGUACAGACCUGCUGAGCCGCCAGAUAAUCAGAGUCGCUUUCAGGCCGAGUCUGACGCUCACUUGGAGGGCAACCUCGCCUCGGAGGUUGGACUAGUCAUACUGGACACCCUGGAGCAGAUUGUGCAGGUUUCGUCUCAGUCAGAUCAUCUGCAGUGUUUACUGGGGCCAACUCUCAAAGUUCUUCUUCACGCUCUCUCUCGCAACCAGAGUACCCUAGUCCUGCAUAACAUGUUUGCUACUCAACGGUCACUUGUGUUUAAGUUUCCCAACCUGUUGUUUGAUGAGGAGACGGAGCAAUGUGCUGAUCUAUGUCUGCAGCUGCUGAAGCAUUGUAGUUCUCUCCUCAGUAGCAUUAGGUCUCACGCUGCUGCCUCACUGUACCUGCUCAUGCGACAGAACUUUGAGAUCGGGAAUAAUUUUGCUCGAGUGAAAAUGCAGGUCACAAUGUCUUUAAGCUCCCUAGUGGGAACAAGUCAGAAUUUCAGUGAGGCUUCCCUUCGAAGGUCAUUAAAAACCAUUCUGCUAUAUUCUGAAGAAGAUUUGGAACUCCAAGAUACUACUUUUCCAGAACAGGUGAAGGACUUGGUGUUCAAUCUUCACAUGAUCCUGUCAGACACAGUGAAGAUGAAGGAGUUCCAAGAAGAUCCCGAGAUGUUGUUGGACCUCAUGUAUCGUAUAGCCAAAGGAUACCAGAACUCUCCUGACUUGCGCCUAACCUGGCUGGCAAAUAUGGCUCAGAAACACAUGGAGCACAACAAUCACACAGAAGCAGCAAUGUGCUUGGUUCAUUCUGCAGCCCUUGUGGCAGAAUAUCUACACAUGCUAGAAGACCAGCCUUAUCUACCCAAAGGUGCUGUUAGUCUGGAAGGGGUUACUCCUAAUGCCCUAGAGGAAUGUGCUGUUUCCGAAGAUGUGCUUAGUCCUGAAGAAGAGGGUGUUUGCCUUGGCAAAGACUUCACUGAGAGUGGACUCAUUGGAUUGUUAGAACAUGCUGCUAACUCCUUCUAUUCGGCAGGGAUGUAUGAAGCUAUGAAUAACGUAUACAAAGUUAUGAUCCCCAUCACUGAAGCUAACAGGGAUUACAAGAAGCUCGCCAACAUCCAUGGCAAGUUGCACGAUGCCUUUAACAGAAUGGAACAGUUGCAAGGGAAGAGGGUUUUUGGCACAUAUUUCCGUGUCGGUUUCUAUGGUUCAAAAUUUGGAGAUCUAAAUGGAGAGGAAUUCAUCUACAAAGAACCAACCCUUACCAAGUUGCCAGAAAUAUUCAGUCGACUAGAGAACUUUUAUGCUGAACGCUUUGGACCUGACAACAUGGUAAUCAUCAAAGAUUCCAAUGUUGUGGACCCUAACAACCUAGAUCCAGACAAAGCAUAUAUUCAAAUAACCUACGUGGAACCUUACUUUGAGCCAUACGAAUACAGAUACAGGUUAACUCAUUUUGAUCGGAACUUUAACAUCAAACGUUUUGUCUAUGCCACACCAUUCACUGCCAGUGGUAGAGCACAUGGAGAGUUGCAUGAACAGUAUAAGAAGAAAACAAUCUUACAAACAGCAAAUCAUUUCCCUUACGUGAAGACCAGGAUUCAAGUUGUGCACCGGAAACAAAUGGUUUUAACUCCUAUUGAAGUAGCCAUUGAAGACAUUCAGAAGAAGACAGUUGAGCUAGCUCACGCUACCCAGCAAGAUCCUCCUGACCCCAAAAUUCUUCAGAUGGUCCUUCAAGGCUGUAUAGGCACUACAGUCAACCAAGGACCAAUGGAGAUGGCUGUGGUUUUUCUGUCAGAAUUUGCUGAUGGUAAAGGAACCCCAACCAAACUGCAGAACAAACUCAGAUUGUGCUUCAAAGACUUCUCUAAAAAGUGUUCGGAUGCUCUGAGGAAGAACAAAAACCUCAUAGGGCCAGAUCAACGAGACUACCAGAGAGAGUUAGAACGCAACUAUCAUCGGUUCAGCGAUCGACUAGUUCCACUCAUCACAUUGCGCAACAAACUUCCUCACACAUAAAUAGCUAGUGUGUCCUUAUCUACUUCUGAUUUUCAUAUUUGAAAGAAUAGUUUUUCACCAAAGCAAUUAGGAGACUCGCACAAUAAAUAAUACUUAUUUUUUAAUUAUGUAUAUAUAGUUUUUAAGUUUUUCCUAAGUUUUUUAUUACUUUAAACAUUUGUUGAUUCAUAUUUUAGUAAAAUUGUACUUAACUCUAUUUUUAUAGUCAGUAAGGGUGUAUAACACUGGUUUAGUGAAGCUGGCUUUAAUAAAGAACAAAUUGAGUUUUAUUUAUUUUUUUAUUUGAGUUAUAGCGCUCUAGACCCGACAUAUAUAUAUAUUUUCUGUAUAUUAUUUAAAUUUACUUAGACCUGUCAAGAUAUAGCAAUGUAGCCUAUGUCAUACAGUUUUGUUUGUUUUUAGUUUUAUACUGGUAAAAUUGAUUAAAUUUGCCAAUUAGUACUUUUAUAAUGCAUUACACUAUUGGUGUGUGUUGUGGCUGGACGAUCAGCGUAAUCCACCCUCUGUCCUGAAGACCCUCUGUCCUAAAAACCCUGUGAUCUAGAGAUUGUCUGUCCUGGAGACUGUCUGUCCUGGAGACCGCCUGCCUUACAGACCUUCUGUCCUCGAGACCCUUUGUCCUAUAUACCCUCUGUCCUAGAGACUGUCUGUCCUGGAGACCGCCUGCCUUACAGACCUUCUGUCCUCGAGACCCUUUGUCCUAUAUACCCUCUGUCCUAGAGACUGUCUGUCCUGGAGACCGCCUGCCUUACAGACCUUCUGUCCUCGAGACCCUUUGUCCUAUAUACCCUCUGUCCUAGAGACUGUCUGUCCUGGAGACCGCCUGCCUUACAGACCUUCUGUCCUCGAGACCCUUUGUCCUAUAUACCCUCUGUCCUAGAGACUGUCUGUCCUGGAGACCGCCUGCCUUACAGACCUUCUGUCCUCGAGACCCUUUGUCCUAUAUACCCUCUGUCCUAGAGACCCUCUGUUCUCGAGACCCUCCGUACUAAAGACCCUCUGUCUCCUGGAGAACUGGAUAAAAAUCCUGCAAACCACAAAUGGUAAUUUACUGAGUGAUAAUGUCACCCAAUAGAUAAGAUUAAGCCUUAAGCUUGAUAGAUCCACUAAACAAAUAACCAAAAUAUAAGUCUCUCAGCUAAAGAGGUUUUUACUACAUUGGAGAUCUCUCUUCUUUGAAAGGCCAAGUGAUUAAUUUUCACAAAAUUGCUGUUUUGUAAAAUAAAUUAUACAUAGGCUAGGCUUGACCAAGCUUUUUCAAACAUUUUUCCUAUGUUUCAGCAUCUUAUCCUUGGAAAUUUAUCAACAGCCAUCACCUAAAUACCACCAUUGUUUCUUAAUUCAGGCUAUACUUGAUAAAAAAUGUCAAUUUAUUUUAGUAUCUUGUUUAUAAUUUACAUUUUCAAGCUAAUAUUUUAUAUAACAUGUGUAUGUCUUAAAUGUGAUCAGUUACUUUACCAGAACUAAAAAACUCUUAUUCCUGACUUAUAGAUUCCUUUUUGUCCAGUCAGUCGUGCAGACUUAUAUUAUUAAAAUAUAUUUUAUUAAAGCCAAAAAGAAACACCUUUAUCAGCUAUAUUUUAUUAAGUUCUUAUUAUUUGAUUAAAAGUCAAAUUUUUACAUUUUUGUAUUGUGCAUUUUUAUUGUUUAUUUUUUACAAAUAUAUAAUUAAAACCCAAUGUGGGUGAUGUAUUGCAUGAAUUAUUUUAUGAUUGUAUGUCUAGUUCACAAAUGAGCUUUUUACAUGACAAAUGUAAGUUUUCUAAUUUUACUGUCAAACUUAAUCAGGAACAUUAAUAGUUUUAAUAAAAUAUGAAGAUAUUUUGUCAUGUUUUGUGGUAAUGCUUUGCUUAAUAAAA